AUGGUAGGCUUGACUACCGUUGGUGCUCCAGCUAUGGGGAGAGACAAAGAACUAGCAGAAAUUAUUUCUGAUAUAAAAGCAUUUAUCAAAAAGCUUGAGCUUUGGGAACAAAACUCAAUCGAUGGCGAUACUAGACAUUUCCCUGUUCUUUCAGAAAAGAUAUAUCAAAGUCCAUUAGAACUAUAUGACAGUAAAUAUCAUGUAGAAAUAGGGUCUAACUGGAAGGAUAACUUCAGAAAUCGUUUCAAGCAUUUCAACGAAAUUGCUAUAGUGGUGCAAUUUAUUGUUUCACCCUUCAUGGAAAUUGAUAUCCAACAGUUUGCAACUUCUGUUACGCAGAAUUUUAGCGAAGACAUCGCUGCGUCAGAAAUGGAAGUGAUUGCGUUUCAAAAUGAUUUAGCUUUAAAAUCAUAG